AACGGACGUGACGCAAUCGGUGUAAGUUCCGCUGUGAACUAAGCUAAUGUUGAUUAGCGCGCUCGGAGUUUCGCUGUUAUUCCCUGUUUGUGUUCUCUGUACGUCUUUGAACGACCUCCACGCAAUACGAAUACAAUGGAAAGCGAAGCGUCUGAUAUUGACCCUGUACCAGGACCGGAAGGCAGUAGCAUGGAUGGGGAGAAUGCCCCACUGUAUUGCAUUUGCAGGAAACCACACAUCAAUUGUUUCAUGAUUGGCUGCGAUAACUGCAAUGAGUGGUUCCAUGGAAACUGCAUCAAUAUAACAGAGAAGAUGGCCAAGGCAAUCAGAGAGUGGUACUGCAUGAGAUGCAGAGAUGAAAACCCAUUGCUGGAAAUAAAGUACAGAAAAGAAAAGAAAAGCAGAGAAAGGGAACCAGACUCUGAUAGAACUGAAAGACAGUACAGUACCCCGAGUACGCCGGACUACAGGAGUGAAAGGCGGCGAGGAUCAAAAGUGAAGCGUUCAGUGAGAAUGUGUGGCGAAUGUGAGCCGUGCAGAAGGACUGAGGACUGUGCACAGUGUGACUUCUGCAAAGACAUGAAAAAGUUCGGGGGCCCAAAUAAAAUAAGGCAGAAGUGCAGAUUUAGACAAUGCGAGGUCCGAGCUAGGAAAAUGCUACGUGUAAAAGAAGAGGAACAGUAUUUACGAGAAAGAAGAGAGAACUACUACCGCAGACGAAGGCGGUACUCUGACGACUAUGACAGCGAGGCAGAUCUCUACCAGCAGUACAAAGCAGCAGGGCUUCACAGCAGCAUGGGAUGGGCAACUGACGACGAUGACGAUGAACCGCCUUUCAGUCCUGUCUUGCGAAAGAAAGCUGUAAAAGUGAAACACGUGAAGAGACGAGAGAAGAAGUUUGACAAGAAAAAAGAGUCUCGGCGGCACAAGCAGAAGCAAAAGCAUAAGGACAGGAACAGACACAGUGAAAAGAGUGACGCCCGCGAUCACGGUGGGCGCCAUCAGUGUCUCGGGCCCAACUGCGUUCAGGCUGCAAGAGCCAACUCCAAGUACUGCUCGGAGGACUGUGGCAUGAAGCUAGCUGCCAAUCCUCGCGCUCGGAGUUUCGCUGUUAUUCCCUGUUUGUGUUCUCUGUACGUCUUUGAACGACCUCCACGCAAUACGAAUACAAUGGAAAGCGAAGCGUCUGAUAUUGACCCUGUACCAGGACCGGAAGGCAGUAGCAUGGAUGGGGAGAAUGCCCCACUGUAUUGCAUUUGCAGGAAACCACACAUCAAUUGUUUCAUGAUUGGCUGCGAUAACUGCAAUGAGUGGUUCCAUGGAAACUGCAUCAAUAUAACAGAGAAGAUGGCCAAGGCAAUCAGAGAGUGGUACUGCAUGAGAUGCAGAGAUGAAAACCCAUUGCUGGAAAUAAAGUACAGAAAAGAAAAGAAAAGCAGAGAAAGGGAACCAGACUCUGAUAGAACUGAAAGACAGUACAGUACCCCGAGUACGCCGGACUACAGGAGUGAAAGGCGGCGAGGAUCAAAAGUGAAGCGUUCAGUGAGAAUGUGUGGCGAAUGUGAGCCGUGCAGAAGGACUGAGGACUGUGCACAGUGUGACUUCUGCAAAGACAUGAAAAAGUUCGGGGGCCCCAAUAAAAUAAGGCAGAAGUGCAGAUUUAGACAAUGCGAGGUCCGAGCUAGGAAAAUGCUACGUGUAAAAGAAGAGGAACAGUAUUUACGAGAAAGAAGAGAGAACUACUACCGCAGACGAAGGCGGUACUCUGACGACUAUGACAGCGAGGCAGAUCUCUACCAGCAGUACAAAGCAGCAGGGCUUCACAGCAGCAUGGGAUGGGCAACUGACGACGAUGACGAUGAACCGCCUUUCAGUCCUGUCUUGCGAAAGAAAGCUGUAAAAGUGAAACACGUGAAGAGACGAGAGAAGAAGUUUGACAAGAAAAAAGAGUCUCGGCGGCACAAGCAGAAGCAAAAGCAUAAGGACAGGAACAGACACAGUGAAAAGAGUGACGCCCGCGAUCACGGUGGGCGCCAUCAGUGUCUCGGGCCCAACUGCGUUCAGGCUGCAAGAGCCAACUCCAAGUACUGCUCGGAGGACUGUGGCAUGAAGCUAGCUGCCAAUCGAAUCUAUGAGAUACUCCCUCAGCGGAUCCAGCAGUGGCAGCAGAGUCCCUGCAUUGCCGAGGAGCACGGUAAGAAGCAAUUGGAGCGCAUUCGCAAGGACCAGCAAAACGCGCGCUUGCGCCUCACCGAAAUGGAGCGCCGCUUCCACGAACUGGAGGGCAUCAUCUCCAAGGCCAAGCAGCAGGCAGUGCAGCAGGAUGAGGAGGUGAAUGAAGGGGAGGGAGAUGACACAGACCUUCAGAUUUUUUGUGUGUCCUGCAGCCAUCCUAUCAAUCCAAAAGUUGCACUAAGACAUAUGGAGAGGUGCUAUGCAAAGUAUGAGAGUCAGACCUCCUUUGGUUCCAUGUAUCCUACAAGAAUUGAAGGAGCGACCAGACUCUUCUGUGAUGUGUACAAUCCCCAAAGCAAAACUUACUGCAAGAGGCUUCAGGUUUUGUGCCCAGAACAUUCAAGGGAUCCCAAGGUUCCUGUGGAUGAGGUGUGCGGGUGUCCUAUGGUGAAAAAUGUCUUUGAGUUGACUGGAGAAUAUUGCAGGGUCUCAAAACGGAAAUGUAACAAACAUUAUAACUGGGAGAAGCUCAGGAGAGCUGAAGUGGACCUGGAGCGAGUCAGAGUGUGGUACAAGUUGGACGAGCUCUUUGAACAAGAGCGCAAUGUUAGGACCGCAAUGACCAACAGGGCUGGGCUGCUCGCGUUGAUGUUGCACCAAACCAUUCAGCAUGAUCCUCUGACCACAGAUCUUCGUAGUAACAAGGAUAGAUAGUGGACAUGGUCUGCUUCUGCUGACUGGUCAUUGUUGACUAGUUUGAAAUAUCUGUUUAAUUUGUUGUAUAGUGAUUAAAUUAAAGUGGCAAAUUGAUAUAUAUUUUCCCGAGUCGAUAAGUGCUGUUUUUGUUACGAACCCCCUAAAUAAAGCUGUUGUUCAUUUGA